AUGACUGAGAUACAACAAGCAAAAUCAGGAGCACAAGAACCGAUUGCUAUUAUUGGAAUUGCAUGUGAAUUUGCCGGUGGCAUUAGUUCGCCGUUUGAUCUUUGGCAUGCAUUGGUUAACAGUCAGGAUGUGGGUAGUGAGAUUCCAAUUGAACGAUUCGAUAUCCAUUCACACAGUGCACACAUGAUGAAUCAGGACAAUGGCGAACUGCGUAAACGGCUUGUUCACCGUGGAUACUUUUUACCAUCAUCUAAGUGGGAUACAUUCGAACCAAGUUUUUUUGGCUUAUCCGAUGGUGAAGCAGCAACAGUUGAUCCAUGCCAUCGUCUUCUACUGCACAAAUUCGUACAUUUAGUCGACGAUGCUGGUUAUUCAUUGGAUCGUGUUCGUGGUUCUCGAACAUCUGUUCAUAUUGGGCAAUUUUCCAUAAGCCAUCAAGAAGCAACAUUGAACUUGAAGCCAGAAUUUCGAACGCGACUCCAUGGUCCCAAUAUAAUGCUGUAUAAUGCAGCUGCUCGACUUUCAUAUCAUUUUGAUUUGCAUGGACCAAAUCUAUCGUUCGACGUGGCUUGCUCAUCAUCGCUUCAAGCUGUACAUAUGGCUAUUCAAACAUUGCGCAGCGGUGAAGCAGAUAUGGCCGUAGCCGGUGGUGUUAAUGCCUUCUAUACACCCGUUAGUCACCUGAAUAUAACGCUGCUAGGUGCAAUAUCCGUCGAUGGUCGCAGUCGUUCGUUUAGUACUGAUGCCAACGGAUAUGCUAAAGGUGAAGGUCUUGGUCUUGUUCUACUCAAACGAUUAAAGGAUGCUGAACGAGAUGGUGAUAAAAUUUAUUGUGUUAUUCGAGAUGUGUUGACCAAUCAUGAUGGCAGUGAAGGAAAAAUUAGUUAUGUUAUUCCAUCACCAGCCGGACAAUAUCGUUUGCUAAACGAUAUUUAUGAACAAGCAGAAUUCGAUCGAAAACGCAUUUUCUAUGUUGAAGCACAUGGAACCGGAACACCAGUCGGCGAUCCAAUAGAAGCCAACACUCUCGGUCGAUUUUUCAAUCGUUCUCAAGUUGAUUCACCAUUGCUUAUUGGAUCAGUCAAAAGUAAUCUUGGCCAUACAGAGGGUACAGCUGGUGUGGCUGCACUCAUUAAAGUAGCCUUAUGCAUGCGUUACCGAGCCAUCCCACCUAACAUGCACUUCAAAGCACUCAAUCCAAAAAUUGAUGCUAAAAGGUUUAAUAUUCAUGUUGUUCAACAUUUAACUCCGUUUCCUACACGUAAAAAUAACAAUGGCAAACAAGAACCAGUAGCAAUCGGCAUCAAUUCUUUUGGUAUGGGUGGUAAUAAUGCUCAUGCUAUUGUGGAAGAAUAUCAUCCAUCAGAACGAACCAAUUUGACAAAGGAUAGUUCAGCGACGAAUGGAUAUCAUCAUUUAGUGGUUGAGAGACAGAAGCCAUUGGUUUUUCUAAUCACAGCAAAAAGUCAGGAAUCACUUCGAAAACAAGUAGAUUUGUUUAACACAUGGUUGCAACAACAGAAAUACGACAAACAAACAACUAAUGCUGAGAACGAAAAAGCCUUUCUGGCACGUGUAUCACGACAACUUCUCCUCAGAAGAACCAUAAGCUAUGAACAUUUGGCUAUAAUUGUUGCUACGGAUCUUGCUGAACUUCGAGAAAAACUCGAUGCAUAUCUUGCAGAUAGUGCAGCACCAGGUCUUCACAUUGCGCAACGUCCGCAAAUUCCAGUCAAUGCUGAUCUUCGACUUUGCUAUGUGUUUAGUGGUCAAGGUCCACAAUGGUGGGCCAUGGGUCGGCAAUUGUACUCGACAGAACCUGUCUUUCGGCAAUGGAUCGAGCAGAUUGAUGUUGAAUUAGCAAAAAUUACACAAGAAUGGCGUUUGUUGGAUGAAUUGAUUGGAAAAACAGAAGCGGAGUCCCGAAUUAACGAUACGAACAUUUCUCAACCAGCCUUAUUCUCUAUUCAAGUCGCUUUGACUGCUCUUCUCGCCUCUUGGGGUAUUUAUCCAAGUGCUAUCGUUUCACAUAGUGCUGGUGAACAGGCGGCAGCGUUUAUCGGCGGUCGCGUAAAUCUACCAGAAGCUGUUCGUAUUGUUUAUCAUCGAUCUCGUCUACAACAUCGUAACACUAGGCAAGGUGGUCGAAUGUUAGCUGUGUCAAUGAGUGAAAAAGAAGCCCGUGAACUAUUGCGUGGCAUUGAAGAUGUUGUACAUAUUGCAGCCGUUAAUAGUGCUCGAUCAGUUACACUAAGCGGUGAUGAAGCGAUCAUUGACGAGAUUCAAUCGAUUCUUACUGUAUGCCAUCCAAAUGUAUUCAAAGCUCGACUUCGAAUUGAAAAUGCUUUUCAUUCUCAUCAAAUGGAUCGUUUUCAAAUCAAAGAAGAUAUGCUUUCUUCUUUAAGUAACAUUUCUGGACUUCCAUUGCAAGAUAAAAAACAAUUAUUCAAUGAAAAAUGUGCACAGGCUCAAUUCUACUCAAGUGUUCUCGGUAAAAAAAUGGAUUCGAACAUUCCUGUUGAUGCACAUUAUUGGUGGGCAAAUGUUCGGCAAGAAGUUCGUUUCAAUGAUGCUAUUCAAGCAAUAUUGAGUGAUAGCGCAGCCGAUGCAUUUCUUGAAGUGUCACCUCAUCCAGUUUUGGCAACUUCAAUCCGUGAAAUUUGCGAAGCAGCCGGUACACAAGCACAUAUUUUCCCUACAUUAAAACGUAAAGAAGAUGAAGAGAUGACAUUACUGGCUACUGUUGCUCAAAUUUCUCAUUCUUCUACUGUUUGGCAAAAUUUUCUUGAUUCACGCUACAUUCAGGGCGAUGAUGAUAGUGACCAUUAUGAAUUUGAUAGAUUUCCAGUUUAUGCAUUCAAUACAAGUCCAUGCUGGUAUGAAUCAAGAGAAUCAGUUUUGGAACGACGUGCUAUGAAUGAAUCUAAUCAUCCUCUAUUGGGUAUUCGUCUAUGGACACAACAGAAAAAUCCAACAUGGAGAAGUUUGAUUAAUCUCAAGCUAGCUGAACAUGCAUUUUUGAUAGAUCAUCGAAUCCAUGAUGGUAUCAUGUUUCCAGCUGCUGGUUAUCUUGAAUUAGCAUUGGCUGGUUGUCGUGAACUACAAAUAAGACAUAGCAAUGACGAUAGUACCCAUCUAUUGCCGAUUGCAUUUGAACAUGUUGAAUUUCACAAAGCACUUUUACUUAAUGAAAGUGAAUUAGUUGAAAUAUAUACAGAAAUUACUUGGCCUCUAAGUGAGUGGUCUAUCUACAGUCGACCAUGGGAAUCAUCAGGACAAGAUUGUAUGCGUUCAGCAGGUAUGGCUGGUACAGAUGUACUAAGCUCAUAUACUGAUGCACAAGCACUGAACACAUUCUCAUUACGUACUUUUACAUUACAUGCACGAGGACGUAUUGACACAGGUGCACAUUUAAAACUGCAUGCUGCGCGUGGUGCAUCAGAACCAUCGGUAUUUCUUGGGUCCGAUGAAUUUAUCAUGUCCUCAAUGGAACCAGCUAGUGUUUAUGCUCGCUUAUCUACACGUGGUUAUCAGUAUGGUAAUGAAUUUCAGGUGACAGAAUCGAUGGCAGCAUCAAAAUCGAAGGUGAUUGGUCAAAUUCAAUUUAAACAAGGAUCAGAUCAAUAUUAUUUGUACCCAGUCGCGGUCGACGGUAGUCUUCAUGCGCCGAUGACUAUUUUGCCUGGUUCCGAUACUUUAUUACCUAUUGGGAUUGAGAAAAUGAUUAUUUAUGGAAGUACAUUGAAUCGAUCCCGUUUGGUGACCUACACAUCGUAUCAUUCAACUGUAGCUGGCAUCUCACAAGAUCAUACACAAGCAUUCGACAUGAUAGUAUAUGAUGCAAAAGAGAAAACACCAUUAUUUGCAUUUGAUACAUUUGUCACUCAAGGAUCUCGAGGUAAAAGUCGUUCAAAAACUACAGACAAAUCGGUAUUCGAGAAAAUGAAAGAGCUUGCUGAAUUUCCGAAUGCAGAUUACAGUGAACAUAUUGAAACCAUUCUCAGUGAUUAUUGUUUACAAAGGAAGUGGUACCCAAUUGAUCUCGAAAUGAUCGAUUUGGUAAGAGAUGAUCUACAAGCGUCAAAUUUUGACUUAUCUUUGCUACCUGAAGCGACUACAAACAUGUAUGAUGCUGAUAAGCAAUUGUCAGAAUCAAUUGAACAGUUGAAUGAAUUAGCAUCUGAAUAUGCUCAUUUAGCUAUUGAACAACUUUCACAUUUAGUUGAUGCAGACACUAAACCCGAAACAUUACAUCAACUUAUACCUGAAGAUCAUUCUGCACAUAUGCAUCUUUUCUUAGAUUCAUGUUUAGCUCUUGCACAUAAAAAGAUCAGUUCAUCGGUGACUCAACAUACAACACAAUUGCGCAUUGUUAAAUUAUUCGAACGUUUUCCUUUAAUUAAGCCAUUACUUACGGUAAUAUCGGCAAUCGGCACACAACUUAUGAACUUGAUUGUCGGAAAACAGGAUAUCAGUGAAGUGUUCACAGGAGGUUCCGAUAACUUAAAAGCCUUAGAAGAAUUACAAGUACUUAUUUCACAGACCAAAACAUAUGCUGCAUUUCAAAUACUAGUGAGUCAUUUGAAAAAAAUAGCAUUAGUGGGCAGCAAACCUACACGUAAGCUUCGCGUGUUUUUCAUUGGUAGUGGAGUAAGUGCAAAUGCGUUACCUAUCUUGGAAAAAUUGACCGAUCUUGUUCAAGAGGCCAACGGACACGUAGAACUUGUUUAUACAGAAAACGAUUCCAAACUACUCGAACAGGCCAAAGAAACAAUUAUAAGCAGUGACCCACGACUAAUAAUAUCGUAUCGUGUAUUUGAUAUCGAAAAUGUUGAUACAGAUAGCUUAAUCGAAGCUCAUGACAUCGUAUUUGUUUCGAAUAUUUUGGGUGGCGCAAUGGACAAACUUCAAGUUAUUUCUGAUUUACGUAGCCUGCUGACACCUGGAGGUCUACUUCUUAUUGUUGAAUUGACCAUUGCUCAUUCCUAUUUCAAUCUUCUGUUUGGUAUCUCGGAUAGUUGGUGGCGUGGAAAUGGAGAAAAACAAGGCGUACUCAAUGUUGAAGAAUGGAAGCAGUUGAUAAAUGGAGUUGGUGGUUUUGAUAAAAAUGUACUUACGAGUCCAUCGAAUCAAUUCGGUAAUACACUUAUUUUAGCUCAAAAAUCAACUCAAAUUGAUACUCUUGCUAAACUCAGCGAAAGAAAUGAACAAGGUUGGCUCAUAUUGGGUGAUAAUCGAAAUAAUUUAUCAAGUAAAAUUUUGUCGUAUUUGCCUUGUCCAAAUAUUGAAGUCGAAAUUCGAGAUCCUAAUUCGCAGUAUCAAGAGUCAAAAGCACAAGUCAUUACUGUUGUGAAACAAAUGUUAGCCAAAUAUAAACAAUUGAAUAUUGUUUUUGGAUGGUCAUUAAGUACAUUGCCACUAGGAGAAGGAUCUGAUGAUAACAAUGAAGCAGCAUUUCAUAGUCAAGAUGAAAUCAUGUGUGGUCUACUUGUUCACGUACUUCAAACAAUUCAAUCGGAACUUGCCGAACAAGCUAAUCAACCGUACCCUUAUGUAUUUGUUUUAACAGAAAAUGCUCAAACACCAGCCGACAAACAACUAAAUGCAUCUCCAACACCUAUUCUCGGUCUCACUCGUAGUUUGUUCAAUGAAUAUAAACGAUAUCAUUUGAAACUUGUAGAUUUACAACCAAACGAGAAUAAUUGCAAUGGUAACUACAGUGAUUCUUUUGUUAAUGUUAUUGUUCGUCAUCUUAUUCAAUCCCGAAAUAUCCAUGAAUUAGCAGAAAUUGUAAUUCAACAAGAUGAACAUGAUUCACAAGUGAUUACACGACUUGAUUGGAAAUAUGAGACAGUUGUAGAUAAGACAACACUUGACGAUAAGGUUACGACAAGAACAAUUAUUCCGUCGGAAGAUGGGGACAAAUUUCCAUUUCGUUUACAAGUAGCUGAAUCUCGGUUUUUGGCUGAUCUUGUGUGGGUUAGGGAACCGUCAAUUGAUGAAAUUUUACCAGGACAAUUGGAAGUUCGUGUUCAUUGUGUAGGUCUCAAUUUUCGUGAUGUUCUCAAAGCACGUGGAAUGUAUCCGCACAUGCGUAGAUUUGCACAAUUCGACAAAGAUCAACCAUAUGAGGAUCGUGAUACAGUACUUGGUUUUGAUUUUAUGGGAUCAGUUGUUCGAGUCAAUAAUCCAGAUUCAUGUUUGAAGCCGGGCGACCGUGUAUACGGCUCAUCUGUCAAAGGAGUUUUCCAUUCACAUUUGAUUGUCAAUGAAUUCGAUGUUGUUAGCAUACCACAAUCAUGUUCGCUUACAGAUGAAGAGUUGGCUGCUUUGCCAUGUGGAUUUUUAACAGCAUUCUAUGCGCUCAAGCUUCGAGUACAAUUAACCCAAGGUCAAACAGUUCUUGUUCAUGCCGCAUCAGGUGCAACUGGUCAAGCAUUCAUACAAUAUGCUCAAUUGGUUGGUGCUCAAGUUUUGGCUACAGCAGGCUCAGAAGAGAAACGUCGUAUGCUUCGUGAACACUUCGGUAUUAAACAUGUUUUCAAUAGUCGUGAUCUUUCCUUUGUUAAUUCAAUACGUGAAAUUUAUCCCAAAGGUAUCGAUGUUAUUGUCAAUUCCUUGACAGGCUCACUCAUGCAAGAAUCAGUAAAACUACUUGCUCCUCGAGGUCAUUUCGUAGAAUUGGGUAAACGUGAUAUUUUUGACAAAACAUUUUUACCAUUGUAUCAUCUCAAAUCCGACUGUAGUUAUCACAUUAUUGAUCUCAUUAUGCUUAAUACUCAUGGGCAUAUGUCACCUCGCGUUUGGCUGGAAGAAAUUUUGGAACAUUUUAGAACAGGAAAAUUCAAACCAAUUGAACCAACAGUAGUUGUUGAACCCUCAGAUGUUAUUGAAACAUUUACUAAAGUCAAUCGAGGUGAAGCCAUGGGCAAAUCAGUGAUUCGAAUUUUCAGUUCGAAGCAACCGUUACAGAUAAAAGAUGAUAUUGGAAUAGUACCAAAUAGUCAGCAUACAAGUGACAUGUUUCCAUCGCUUGUAUGCAACCAUGGAACAAUCAUUAUAUCAGGAGGUUUCGGUGGUUUGGGUUUAACUAUGACUCAAUGGAUGAUUGAAGAACGAGGUGUCAAGCGAGUGUGUCUGAUGAGUCGACGAAAACUAGUUGAACUUGAAACGCCAGACAAUCCACAGUACGACGAUUGGCUUCGAGUCAAACAUGCUGCGAAAGCACAUAAUGCCCACGUUGACGUUGUUCAGGCUGAUGUAACACGAUUCAGUGAUGUUAAAAAUUUGAUUGUGAAUAUCAACAAAACACAAUAUCCUGUUCGUGGUAUCCUUCAUGCUGCUGUCAUUGUCGAAGAUCAUGCUUUGAAUAAAUUAACUGAUGAAAAUAUUGUGCGUAUGCUAGGUCCAAAAGUUAGAGGCGCAUGGAACUUUCAUCAUGCUUGUCAGGUGACUCAAGCACCCAUACACUUUUUCGUAAUGUUUUCAUCGAUUCGUAAUCAUUUACUUGAUAUGGGAUCUGGCGGCUACAAUGCAGGUAAUCAGUUCUUAGAUGCACUAGCAGAUUUUCGCGUUAAUCGUCUUGGAUUACCGGCACUUUCUAUUGGACUACCAGCUGUCAGCGGGGCUGGAAUGUUUCAUCGAUAUCGAGAAUUUCUGACAACUUUACAAAGUACACAAGGUUUUGCUCUUGUGCCAAAUAUUGCUGUUUUUAAACUUUUCGAUCGUUUGCAUCGUGUCCAAUGGGAAUCCCCUUGUCCACUUAUAUUUGCAGUCAAUUGGGAAAAUCUUCGUCAACGUGUUCAUCAACUACCAACACAUCAACUGAGUGAUGUUGUUCGGCAGCAAGCUAUUUCAUCUCAAGAAAGAAAUCCUGCACUCAACAACAUGAGUAAUAUAUUAGAUAUUGAAACAAUCUGUGAUCGAACACAAGCAACCAUUGCCCACUUGUUAGGUUCAACUUCUGUCGAUCGUAUUGAUGUUAGUCGAUCGCUAGUUGCUCAAGGAUUAGAUUCGCUAGCCGCUGUAUCAUUAUAUAAUUGGUUGGGAAAAGAAUUCAAUGUAUUUGUUCCAUUAGCUGAUCUUCUUCAAGGUAUUUCUGUGAAAAUCAUUGGCCAGUUUGUGAUGAAUAAAAUACAAGAGCAACAAGGUGCUAAUGGUGCAUCUUUAGAGAUGAAUUCCACCGAAACAGGCAUAGCUCAAGCCGCGAAAAACUAUGAAGAAGAUGUAAUCCACGAUGUUUCUACUGAUACAGGUGUCAAUGAUGUUCAAUGUAUUCUGCCUUGUUCAAAAACGGGCAACACAUUAUUUAUUCAUUUUUUUGUUGCCGAUAGUACAAAAACAAAAUUUCAAGCACUUAUUGCGAAGUGUGCGGAAUACUUUGGCGAAGACAGAACACCAGGUCUUUUCCUAUUGGAUACAUCAACAAUGAAAAACGUAGAAGCAAUGAUUUCUCAAAUGCGUCGGAUACAACCACGCGGUCCAUAUUCAUUAGUUGCCAUCGGAGAGAACUCAUCUCAUGUCAUAAUGGACAUAAGCAAUCAACUUCAAAAAUACGAAUCAGCAUCAAUAUCACGUAUUAUUCGCGUUGAAUCAGCCAAAGAGCAAAAUCCAAAGACAUCCAAAGAUCAUCAUACAACUAUUGCCGGCUCAUUAGAAGACUCAACUACAGUGCAUCGUCUUGUUGAGAAACUAUUGCACGAUUCGAAAGGAUAA